GAGUUUAAAGUUACUGAGUCGAGCAAGCAGUGAGUAGACCACUCAGCCGGCGAUGAUAAGAACAGUUUAACAAAUUAAGUUCAGUUUUGUUAAAGUUCUACUAGUGUUCGUAAUGUAAAUUAUUUAAGGGAAGUUCUCGAAUGCUUUAAAACCGUCUCAGUAUUUAUUUGAACUUCGUGGUGUACGCUUUGUGAGUUCGGUCUCGUAAUAUUAAAAGAUGGCGUGUUCGUUUUAUGAAUUCAUAGGACUCGCCAUAGUCGCCUUAAUAUUUUGUUCCAUUUCAAAUCGUGUUCAAUAUUACACGAAAAUGAUCGUGUUUAUAGUGUCAGCACUUUUUGCGGCUGUUUUACCUAUUCCUUUGAUGUUGCCACGACCAAGAGACUACCGAAACGCAUUGAUACCAGCAUGGUGCAUUGUAAAGGUUGGACAGCUGAUAGGCGCGUCGUAUGAAAUUCGUGGCUUGGAAAAUAUCAAUCGCGACUCUGGAGGUGUCGUGCUCAUAAAUCAUCAAAGUGCAAUCGACUUAAUAGUGCUGGGAAAAUUAUGGCCAGUCAUUGGACGUGCCACGCAAGUCGCAAAGAAAGAAAUUUUUUAUUUGUUUCCAUUUGGUCUCGCAUGCUAUUUGUGGGGAACUUUAUUCAUUAAUCGACAGAACCAAACAUCAGCUAGAAAUGUCAUUAACAGAGAAUCGAAAGCUAUCAAUGAGAGAAAGUCAAAAAUUUUAUUCUUCCCUGAGGGAACUCGAAAUCCAUCAGAAACACUUCUGCCAUUCAAAAAAGGAUCAUUUCAUGUUGCAAUUCAAGCUCAAUGUCCAAUUCAGCCGAUUGUUGUUUCACGUUACACUUACUUAGAUUCAAAACGAAAAUAUUUUGGACGUGGUCGAACGAUAAUUUCAAUUUUACCGGAAGUUAACACGAAAGGAAUGAUAAAGUCAGACAUUGAUUCGUUGGUUUCAAAUGUUCAGAAUCUGAUGCAGGAAAGUUAUGAGAAAAUAAGUGACGAAGCAUCGGCAGCUGAAAACAUGAAAUACUAUUGAAAUAUUCAAGGGAAAUUAGGAGAGAUUGACUUUUUUCUAGCCCAUCAAUAGUGUGAUAGCUUACCAUUAGUCUUAAUUUAAAAGGCUUCAGAAUCUUUUUGAAAUAUUAAAUUCAUAGUUCAAACAUUAACAAUUCAUUCCUAAGUUGUUUCCCUUGUUGAAAGUGAUGAAGUUAACUUUUAUUAAUCAAAUAUUUUUAAGCAUUUAAAUUAUUUGUAUAGUUAAUAGAAGUAAAUUGAAUGAGUGGUAAUUUAAAUUUAGGAAGUAAAGAAAGUUUAAUUUUGUUGAUUUUGUUGAGAAAUAAAAUUUUAUGUUAAAAGUAAAAGA